AUACAUAUGAUUCUCUCUCUGAAGAAAUUAAUUAUUCAGUAUGUUGCUUUUUCCUAUCUUUUCUAUCUCCAAAUUUUGUAAUAAUAAAUUUAUGCUUUGCCUAUCCUUUCCAGUAUCAUCCUUGUUAGUGACAUUCUGGUGCAGUUUUAGACACUUAGCUUUUACAAAGUUUAGGCUUUAAGUCCUGCUCAAACCGUUCUCUUGGGCUUGAGUUCUCCAUGUAUCUUCUGAAAGACAGGGCUUAGGGUGAUAGAAGACAUAUCAAGAGAUAUUUUGAGGCCAUUUAGGGUUUGAAAUUUGUAAGAGGAAAUUAGAGAGAAAAGUAGACAAAAGGAUGAAGGAAAGAAUUUCCACCCUUACUGUAAGAUUUCAUCUCGAGAACUAUAAAGUUUCAUAACAAUCCAAAAUUAUAAUAACACUACAUCCUCUUCCAAAAAAGUCACAAUUUUCAUAAAUAUCUCAUUUUUUAUUGAAGAUAAGCUAAAGCCUUUCAUAAACGUGAACAAUUUGGUCAAUAAGAAAUCUACUCUUUGGUAGUCAGAAAAAUUCUAAAAGAUUACAGUUGAAAUAGAAACCCUAUUUCAUUAUGAUAUCUCUUGGGCUUUAUAUAGGCCCCUACAAAUCUUACAAAUAAGUCCCUAAUAAUACUAAUAUGUCAACAAUUACCCUAGUAAGUAGUUAUAGCAAAAAUUUCUAAAUACUAAAAUUCUUAACCAACUAAAAUGUAAUUAAUGACUUUCUUUUCAUAUAAGGCUACGGCACAAGAUUUAUCCUUUUCAUGAUUAAAAUCCCAUUUUAACCAAAAUCUCGACCCAUUUUUUUCUUCUUUCUUUUGCAUGGUUAGUAGUUGUUACCAUAAACAUUUUUCUUUCUUCUUAAUUCUUUUCCAUAUAUUUAUUUCUUUGCAAUUUUUUUCAAAUGAAACUACUUUUCUAAAUCAAUCCUCAUCAGGUUGGUGUUGGAGAAAGGCAACAGUGUGAAAAGUGAAAAGUUGAGAAAGGCAACAGUGUGAAAAGUGAAAAGUUUUAUUUUUCAAAUAUGCCAUCUACAUUGAUCCUUGACUUUGUUUAUCUUUAUUCAUUUCUUCUUGCUCCAAUUGGCGUUAUUGAUUCUUAUUCUACUUUUUUUGUUGAUAUAAAUUGAUUAAAUCUGAAAUUGUUCACAGCAUAUGGUUAUUGGUGGGCUGCCUCUGUUGCCCAUUUCACUUCUAAAUAAUGAUCCUGCAAUAAGUGGGGGUCUCAUGGAUCUUACAUCCAGUGAUCUUUUAGCACUCCUAUACACCUCAAUAUUUGGCAGUGCCAUCAGCUAUGGAGUUUACUUCUACAAUGCAACUAGAGGUAGCUUAACAAAACUCAGCUCCCUCACAUUUUUAACUCCAAUGUUUGCUUCAAUCUUUGGGUACUUGUAUCUGGGUGAGACUUUCUCGCCUUUGCAACUGGCUGGUGCUUUCGUGACAGUAAUAGCUAUCUAUAUGGUUAACUACCGUGAUACGGUUGACGAAGCAUGAAAUUCUGAAGCUGCUACUGUUUCACAAUCUUAUGUACUCUCUGCCACUUGUACAUUGACAUGGAUGGAAUUCAUUAACUCCUCCUCCAAGUAUUCUUCAAAGUUACGCUUCAUUCACAACAACGUAAACAAUUGAUGGGAAGGAAGAAGCAAGGAAUAUAGUACGGGAUUUAGAAACAAGAACCAGUUGUAGGCAAACGUUAGCAGCAAACCCUCCAGGGAAAUGGGGAAGUGCACACACCUGUUACAUUAUUGUUCUUAAAUUGUCAAUUUAUGGCAAUCAACAAAGUAUAUAAAUAUGAGUAGUUAAACUUGUAAUAACAUGUCCUACCAUUUUCUUGUGUAAUAAACUACUGGCCUCAUUUUCCUUAUCACGUUAAUGUGCAGCCGGCACUUAGUUAGCGAUAUUUUGUAAUUGAAUUGCAAACUUUGAUUUUGGUGCCUUAUUCCUAUUAUGAAGCCCCAGAUUAUUAUAUUA